GCCGCUGAUCGCCGCGCGGUGCUCUCCUCCUUUCUCAUGUUUACAAAGCGGAUUCCUCCUGAAAGAGUGAGACUGAUUUGAACCGCGAAGAUGUUGACAGACAUGGUUGUGGAGCAAGAAUUUGAGAUCAAGGAGGAGGAACCGUGGUACGACAAGCAAGACCUUGAACAUGACCUGCAGCUGGCUGCCGAGCUCGGGAAGUCUCUGCUGGAGCGAAACCGGGAGCUGGAGCAAGGCCUGCAGCAGAUGUACUCCACCAACCAGGAGCAACUGCAGGAGAUCGAGUACCUGACGAAGCAGGUGGACCUCCUCCGGCAGGUCAACGACCAGCACGCUAAAGUGUACGAGCAGCUGGACGUGUCGGCCCGAGAGCUCGAGCACAGCAACCGCAAACUGGUGGUGGCCGGCCGGACGGCGCAGCAGAAGAUCCAGGGGCUGACGGAGACGGGGGAGCUGCUGCAGACGCAGGUGGAGGAGCUGCUGCAUCAGGUGGACGAGCUGAAGCUGAGUCCGUCUCGGGCCCAGAAGCGUCCGCACAGAGAGAAGUGGCCUCCUCGCAGCUCCCAGAGCGUCUCCUGCCUGAAGGAGCUGCAGAACACUCUGCGGUGA